UAUCAAUGCUGGAAGCGUUGCGACGAUCUCGUUGGCAGCUGGUUCCUAAAUUCCUGCCAACCAGAAAUCAGGGCUAGCUGCUUAUAUGCCCCUUCUUCUCAUGCGAUAUGGAAAGAUCUCCAGUCUGUAUUUGUGGCGCUGGAAAGUCUCUUUUUGAACGGCUUGAGCGUGAUAGAGCCAUGGAGUAUCUCCAUGGCUUACAUGAUCGUUUUUCUAAUCUACGAAGUCAGAUCCUAUCGAUGGAUCCUUUUCCCACUGCUUUGCGCAUCUUCAACACGGUGCAGCAGGAAGAAGAACAACAACACAUCACCUCCAGUCCUCUUCCUUCCAUUGAAGCUGCUGCUCUCAACACCAACAUACAUCAGUCUCAGCCUUCUCGUGCAUCACCUCUAACUUAUCACAAACGUCCUCGACCACAUUGUGAUUACUGCAAUCGCCAUGGACAUAUCCGUGAUCGGUGCUACCGCCUGCAUGGUUUUCCAUCAUCCUCUACAACAAAACCUACUGCUGCCAACACUACUGCAACUCCGGAACAUCAACUUAUGCAACCUGCUACCAUUCCAACGUUCUCAGCUGAACAAUACAGCCUCUUUCUUUCCCUCAUCAACCCUUCAGGAAAAGAUACACCAAUUGAACCUCGCGUGAAUUUUGCUGGACCUUCUCACGAAUAAAGUGAUUGGUCAAGGUGAUUUAAGUGGGGGUCUUUAUCAGCUCCGAGUCUCUGCAUCUCCAGCAGCAUCACCCAAAGUUUUGUUUUUUAAUAAUAAGACGUCCUUCGACAUUUGACACUGUCGUCUAGGACACCCUAGUUUAGAACGUUUCAAAUUUCUAUGUAAUUCACAUGAUUAUAUUCAAUCGUUUUUUUCCAGUACUUGCGAUGUAUGCCCUAUGGA